AUGGUUCGUGGCUUUAGUUUUCAACUCUUGUAUCGAGUCGUUUUCUUUUCCUUCUGUCUGAUUUUCGCCUGUUUUUAUCAUGGUGGUGGUUCAGAGUAUGACAGGCGAGAAGAUAAAACAGAACCGAACAAAUUAAAAGAUGAAUUCAACGGUAAACCCUUGAAUGUUGACGUUUCUCUCGAACGGGACAAAUACGACCCAAAGUUGACAGGAAAUGCUAAACAAAUUGAUGGCGAGGAUACGAAGAAAGAAACUGAUCUUUCAAAGAUGGCAAAAAAAGGUAAAUUCUGAAAAUGUGAGAAUAUUCGUAAUUCAUUUCAGAAGGAGUAACUGUCAACCACAUUAUUUAUUUUUUAGGAACUGUGAUGAAAACAAUCCGAAGUGAUAGAAUACGGAAGAGCCCAGAACCACAUUUUUUAACUCCUUCCCCGCCUGAAGUAAAAGUUCCGGGCCAAGAAUCGACUAUCACCUCCCGCUUAAGUGAAACAAAAUGGCAAAACAAUGACCGCAAAAAUAUAUCUUCAUUGGAAACUCAAAUUUUUCGCCAGAAUGACUUGAGAGGAACAGCCAAAAGAGAAACGUUCGCUUCACUCACAACUCAACAUCUUCGGAACAGACGUGAAAUUGACGCGAUCUCAGAAAAUAAGGUGGGUCCGACCAAAUGCGCCAAUUUUACCUUUACUAUAAAGUAUGAAGAUGAAUACAAAGUAUGGAACAACUUCUCAAUGAUGUACCGUGAACGAAUGUACCAUUAUAACGAAUACAGAAUAACGGACGAUGGUGUACAAGUUUGUUAUGCCCCUGUUCCUUUCAUUCAACAAAAAUGGCAGAAUUUCAUUGCUCACGAAAAGAAAAUGACGGUUUUCACACAUUGUAAUGUAUCCGUGGACGGUUUUUACUUUGAAAAUUAUACAUUAUUCAAAAACUUUACUGUUUUCUUUCAUCCUACUGAGCAAAAUUUCACAAGGCAAAAUUACGGAGUGAUUUUUGGACAUUUUGCAAUUUGUUCGGCAAAACUUAGUCUGUCCUGCAAUGAUGAUUUGGUGAAAGUGAAAUACGGUGAUCAGUACAAUGUUUUACAAAACUUUUGGCUGUUUUACAACAACAAGAUGUACGAUUAUAGCGAAUAUCGAUUCGGAAACGAAGGUCUUGUAAUGUGUGCUUCCAACGAUUCGAGAAUUCGGGCCAUUUGGAGAACUCGGAAUUCGUGGGAGAAGUUUAAAGACCGGUAUAAAUGCUAUAUAUAUAGUUAUCACCUGUUGCAUUACGCUGUGAAUAAACAGUUCACUGUCUAUUCCACAGUUAGCGGUCAAUUUUUCACAAGAAAUGACUAUGCGGUGAUAGACGGCAAACCUAAUGUAUGCAUAACCAAGUUAAGACCCGAAUCAAAAGAGUAUACCCAGGAAGAUCUAUUAAUGUGCAACGAUUCAAUCAUCAAUAUAAAAUACGAUGAUGAAUACAAAGUUCGGACUGACUUUUCAAUACUCUAUAAGAACAAGGUGUACGAUUAUGCUGAGUAUCGAGUUCUGAAUGAUGGCAUAAACAUUUGUAACUCCACUGAUAACUACGUACGGAAUAUUUGGAAAGUACGUAAUAAAUUGGUAAAGGGAACAAUCCAUAGAAAAACUUGCAAUCUGCCCAUACUCAUAGACGUCGGUAUGAUCCCCCGAAAGUUUUAUACUAUUCGUAAUGAUUUUAGCAUUCUCAUUUUGCCAACAGAUCAGGUGAUAACAAAAUACGAUUAUGGUGUGUUUGAAGGUAAACUUAUAAUAUGUAAAGAAAAAAUCAUGUUUUAUAACUUAGCCUUAGGCCUACAAGGCAUUCCACCAGGUGGAAUAUCAAUAUUAUGUGCUGUAGCGCUUUCUAUUAUUUGUGUGCUGUUGUUGUUGAUAGUUUAUUGCAUGCUUCCAGAAAUGCGUACUCUUCCUGGUUUGAAUUUAAUGAGUUUAAGCUUCGCCGUUUUGUUGUUGCUGACUUACACUGCAGCAUUUGUUUCGCUGUAUUUACGUGUAGAUCAAUUGGUAAAUAUACCAUGUGACAGGAUAGAAAUAACAGAGAGGUUUAUUAUGUAUAGCGUAAUUAUGAACGCUGUUGUGAAUAUCUAUCACUUAAGAAAAACCUUUUGUGGCAACACUCUAGUGAAAUGCAACACUCUUGUGAAAUCUGAUGAAAACAAGUGGAAAACAUUCUUGAAGUAUAGUGUCUUUAGCUGGGGUGUUCCUGUCAUCAUAAUUAUUGUUUACAUUGUGCUUGUGAAGAAAGAUGUUUUACGAUUUCAAGUAGAUAUUACUGGUUGUGUCAUGGGUAAUAAUCCUCCUCUUUGGUUAGCUGUUAUGGAAAAAUAUAGUCUUCCGGUUUGUCUUGGGUUGUCCAUUGCUGUAAUGUUCUCCUUCACUGCUUAUCGAAUUUCCCAAAAACUCAAAGCAAGCAGUGGUAUUGCACAGAAAUCAAAUAUUGUUAAGAAACGCAAUAGCUUUGUCAUAUUGCUUAAGUUGUCAACCACUACAGCCAUAAGCCUGGGUCCUCUUUUAUUUGAAAACAUACAUUUUGAUUUUGACAUAAAGAUGGGGUUAUUUACUGUAGCGUUUCUUAGUGGUGUCUACAUAGGUGUUGCGUUUGUCUUCACCAGAAAAAAUUACAGGUUGCUUAAGAAGAAGUAUUUCCCAGCAAAAAAGAAACCAGUUAAGUAA